AUGGCUCCCUCAAGGAGCGCUGGCGGGGGUAGAAUGGUCAAGUUGCUGAGCAUAUUGAAUCCCUUGACCUGGAGACAGCGCCUCGACUUGGACGCUCGGUCAUUCCUUAUUAUGCUGAAGGGCGCUUUGCCACCGACAAUUGUGAUUGCGAUUUACCAGAGUAGUGCUAUAUCGGACAUCACCCUCACGAUCGGAUAUCUAUCAGCACUUAUUUCGGUCCUGUCUCAGGCACUUACGCCUCGAGCCAAGUUUAUGCGGAUCAUGUUCUUCGAUCUCUUGUCAACAUGCGUAUCUGCUUCCCUCUGCUGUUUAGCGAUCUUUUGUGCCGUACGGGCGAGACAACAUAACACCCCUCCGGAUGCUAGCGAGGCCGUCCGGAAUGGCUUCAGCAGCGAUGCCUGUGCCGUAUCCGCCAUAUGGCUAAUAUUCAUGAUUUGGGCUGCAAAUACUGUCCGUGCUUGGCGCCCGCAGGAGCUGCAGGAUCCUAUGGUAGCCUUUUCAAUCUUUUCCUCUGUUACAAUUACUCGCGGUGGCAUGUUCACCACACUAUCCGAGGGUCUUUCGUUUGUUUCCAGACUGCUAAAAGGGUUUAUGCUGGGAUUUGCGAUUGCCACUGGUGUCUCUCUACUUAUACUACCCAUUACUAGCCGAGGACAUGUCUUCGAUGAUAUCAGGGGUUACGUCGCGCAAAUUGAUAACGUGCUACAGUCCCAGAUCGACUUUGUUAAGGGAACAUCAGAGGUAUGGACCGGGAAUCAAGGGCUUUUGAAGAGGACGCGCACGGCGCGGAGUAUGCGAGACAUGCAAAACAGCCCUAUCUCGGAUCUGGAAGCGAAGCAGAAGCGCUUGACAGCAUCAAUUACCAAGUUGAACGGGUUGCACGGGAAGCUACAAUCGGACCUUCUCUACUCGAAAGACGAGAUCGCAUGGGGCAAACUAUCAGCAGGCGACCUGAGCAGGAUUGGCGGGCUGCUACGGGGUAUUUUGUUGCCCCUUUCAGGAAUGGCUAUGCUGCCUGAGGUGCUGGACAUGAUUAUCAGGAACGAAGGAACACGCAACAGCAGUCUGCGGUCGGUCGAUGCCGAGGAGGAUUCUCUGAAGCAGACAGAAAUGCAGAAGGUAGCCCAGACGCUUCAAGGCCGCCUAGUGGACUCUUCCAGAUUGGUGACAGUUGGAUUACAAUAUGUCCUACUGGCACUUGGGCUUUCUAAGCGCAAGAAAAUCGAGAAACAAUACUCAGGGAAAACAGAUGAAGAAGGGACAGGAGAACUCCUUACACCUCUAGAGCCAGAAUUUGCACAGCGAUUUGAACAAGAAAUGCGAAACUACUUCUCGCGCCGCAGGGAUCUAACAAGAAAUCUCGCAUCCCUUGAGGCGUUCACCGUCUCAGAGAAGCCGGAUAAUGCCACCUCCCAGGAGGACCUGGCAGCCAUUGCGACUGACCCCGACGUCAGGCAAGAGUUCUUUCUCAUCCUCUUCAUGGGACACCUGCAGGAUAACCUACUGACAGCGACCCUCGACUUGAUCCGUUUUGCGGAUGACCGAAUCCAGGAUGGCACUAUGAAGCGGAGCCGAUUGAUUCUCCCCAGACUCAGCACCAUCCGUAGAUGGCUAUCGCUUGAAACCGAACACGACACCAAGUCUGGUCCGGACCGCAGACAAUCAUCUCAUGUCGAUCCAUCUUCUGCAUUUGGGCAGACUGAAGCGAACAACUUCCCGGAUCCUGAGCAUCUGCCCCCGGCCAACUGGUUCGAGAAAGGCAGUCUGGCGCUUCGCUACUUGUCACACAUUAUCAGUUCCGAACAAAGUAUUUUUGGCUUCCGUGUUGCCGCCGCUGCAUUUUCUGUUGGUAUUCUGGCAUACCUGCGCAAAACGCAGGACUUCUUCGUUCACCAGAGAUGCAUCUGGGCCAUGAUUGUCAUCGUGAUUGGGAUGAACCCGACCAGCGGACAGACAAUGUUCGGCUUCAUUGCGCGCAUCGCAGCAACGGCCGUCUCGUUAGUCUUGAGUCUGAUUGUCUGGUAUAUUGUGGAUCAGAAGACCCCAGGUGUCAUAGUAUUCCUCUACCUCGCCAACGUCUUCGAGUACUACUUCUACGUAAAAGUACCACAAUACUUCGGAGCCUCUGUGAUCGCCAUCGUCACCCUAAACGUCAUCGUCCGCAAACUCGGCAUCGAAGUCGCAACCUCGAACGGCCAACCCUACUACCCAAUCUACCUCUUCGGCCCGUACAAACUCGCCGCCGUGGCCGCCGGCUGCGCGAUCUCCUUCUUCUGGGUAAUUUUCCCCUACCCAAUAACCGCCAAAUCAACCCUCCGCAAAACGCUCGGACGUGGACUCUUCGUUCUCGCCAAAUUCUACAGCUGCAUGCACACGACCAUCGAGCUCUGGCUCACCGGCGAACUCGGCACCACCGAAGACGACGUCCGCUCCGCAUCCGCCACCCUCCAACGCUCCCGCCACAAAGUCUUCAAAGAAGAAAUGCUCCUCCUAAACAGCCUCCGCAUGCACAGUCACUUCAGUUCCUUUGAGCCGCCCAUCGGUGGGAAAUUUCCCCGUGCAACAUACGAUCAGAUUAUUGGCCAGAUCCAGCGCAUGCUCACUAGCAUGGCAUUGAUGGCGCAUACCACUCAGAAUAUGGACGCUUUGUCCGCAAUAACCGAUGAUACCAACAAUAAUAAUAACAAUAAAUGGAUCUCCCGCCUCGCAUCGAUAGCUCUUCAAUCCAGCGGCUUCAAGUCCCACAAGAUCACUUCCCUGCUCUGUCACUUGUCUGCUUCGGUGCUAAAUUCUCAGCCCCUACCGCCGUAUCUUGAGACGGGGGACACAUUUCCCCUUGCGAGGGAGCUGCAGCGCAUUGAUGAGGAGUUGUUGAGUAUUCGUCAUGUGGAGGAUCCGGCCUUCUCCGCAUUUGUCUGUCUAGAGGUUCUUAGGUCGGUGGUGAGUUUUACGUUGGAUGAUUUGCUCAGGAACGUGAAGAGCUUGGUUGGGGAGCUGAGCUUUGAUUUGCAUGUUCGGGAUGCGGCGGAGUCGCAGAGGUUAAUGUCGGGGCCGGAGACGCAGGAGGAUUAG